ACUGAAAAUUUAUUUACAUUACGUAUACUGUAGAUUUUUAGUACUUUCAGUAUCAGAAUAUAUACCCUUUAUCUAUACUCUAUAGUUUCAACAAAAAUUUGAAAGAUAAUGCUGACAAAUGUAAAAAAAAGUGAUAUUUUUUAUGAUAGCUGCGUGACAUACUUUCGUCACCAAAGGUCACCAAUGGUCCAUACCCGGCAUACCCUACCCCCCCAGCCUCCCACUACCAAUACAUAGAGUUACUAGCGAACGAUAUGCGAACGACUGAACGUUACCAAACAUUACCAAACGCUACACUCCUGCUGUUCCUGCAUGUUUGUAUGUAUACUUACAUACGUACAUUCAUAUUUUUUAAAUGUUGUGUUUUGUAAAUCGUUAAAAAAUAAAUUAUAAAAAUUUAUCUGAUGUAUCGUAAUAAUUUUGAUCCGUACGUUGAUUUUGGCGUUGAAUGAAACGGGUGAGAUUGGUUAUGAUUUGAGAAAUGUACUAUGCACUUGCAGCUAAAAUAGAUAAAACAGAAACGUGGACUCAGAGAGUGAUUUCGCAAUGAGGAUGAAGAGCAAUAUGUUGCAUGAAAAGUUUACCUUAACAUUUAGGAACAACGUUGUAUGAGAUUAAGAUAAAACUGUCGAUAACAUGAGGAAGUAUUAUCAAGCUGCUUUAGCUGUUAUAGCAGUAAUAAGUCUUAUAUCUCUGCUCAUCUACAGACAUGAAUAUAAUAAGCUGAGAUACGUCUUGGAGGUUUUCAAUUACUUCGGAAAGCCUGGGCCGAGAAUAGCGGAUGCAAAUUGUACAAACAUUAGUGCAGUUUUUACCACGUUCAAUGCAAAAUUUGACGAGCCGAUUCCUUCCUGGCAGCGUCUGGAAGAUGAUCUGUAUAUAUAUUCUGCAUAUAGCAUCAAUGACAAGGAGAUACGAGCAAUUGGACUUGGGACCAUAAACGGCGUCUCGAAUAUGCAAUGCCUCGUCUUCUUCGAAAGUGAGAAUAAACCUAUAUUGGGGAGCUUCGGAUUUAUUCCAAUUGGCAACGCAGUUGCCUCAAGUCUAGGAGAGAAUUCAAGGUAUGGGGGAUAUCACUUUGUUUGUACGUAUACCAGCGAUGAGAUGCCCACUGGGAUAACUUUCGUCACAAGAUCCAAUAAGUACCUCAAUUACGCACCUAUUUUUCCCAUAAAAAUACAACGACAGGGUGGUUCAAGUAGCAGAAUAGGUGUGUGUGUGACCCAGUCAUCGAUGAAACCAGCAAAAUCAAUAGACAUGAUAGGGUUCAUCAGCUUCCACGCGCUGAUUGGAAUGGAUAAUUUCAUUAUAUACGAUUCUGGAAUUUCAAAUGAGUUUAACAGCAGACUGAAGGAAAUGGCGAGUGACCCAACUUCUUUCUGGAAGUUCACGUAUACUGUUGUGCCAUGGAAUUUUCCUUUUACGGAAAUUGAUCAAAAUGUUAUAAAAGAGAUCAUCGAGAUGGAUUGUUUAUAUCGCACGUAUAACAGUGUUGCUUACGCUAUUGCGCUCUCAUGGAACGAAUACAUAAAUUUGAAGUACCAUCAUGCAAUGAUAGAUCUACUGGCGGAUUUCAAGCAGUUCAAAUUGACUGCUGAUCGCUAUGAGUUGAAAAUUAUGACUUUUUGCACGCAACAAACCGACAAUAAACAGUAUGCCAAUUCUACGCUAAUGAUACUGAAGAAGACGAAAACCGACGUAAACAGUCCAGAAGAUCGUGUUAUUUAUAUACACGAGCCACAAGUAACACUGCAGAAUUCUCAUUUAUCCGUCAAGGAGGUAGGGAAAGAUUUGAUCGCUGUAAAUCAACAUAAGUAUUUUCAUUCAUACGUCAAGGAGGUAGGGAAACAUUUGAUCGCUGUAAAUCAAUAUAAGUAUUGUGAUAAUUAUAGGGAGAGUCGAGAAGUGGAGGAUCUCACAAUUUUGAGAUUUGUCCAAGAUAUACAAAACUCGUCGAUUCUUAAAAAAUAUCUUGGAUCUUAUAAUGUUCUUGAUAUAGAUAUAAAGUGAUAUGGAUAAUAUUAGUCUUGCAUGACUAAUGUUAAAUUGAUAUUUGCACAAGCUAUAGGAUAAUGCUCUAUUUGCGUUAUUCAUUCGUAUAGAGAUAUUUUAUUAAUCAAUAAUAUGCCGUCUUUCAUAUUAGGUGCCUUAAUCAUCACGUCAUAGCUGUACAACUACUAGUCGUGACAUGAUCAGCUAUUUUUCGUAUACAUUUUUGUAUACAUUUCAAAGUUUUUAAAUCUAAGCUAUAUAAUAAAAUACUAUUACUUUCAAUUGUUUCAAAUUUUCAUAUUAUGCCGUGAUAACAGCUAGGUGUUAUGUGCACAUACGGCAGUUCUAUUACCAAUAUUAAAGAACUUAAACUAAUGCUUAACGAAAAUUAAAAACAUUGCAUCUAUUCAUUAAAUUUGUGUAAUAAUUUUAAUCAUUGUUGAACUUAAAAUUAACAUACGCGAUUAUAUAGGAAAUAGGCAAUUUAUAAAAAAAAGAAUAUAGUAAGAAAAAGGUAUUGUAUUCCUAAUAAAAAUACAUAGAAAUUU